AUGCCCAAGUCAAAUAGAAGAAUCGUUCGUGCAAGGGAUUCAAAAGGACGCUUCCUACCCGGAAAGAAGGCCAAGUCUGUUGCCAGCAAGUCUCGUUCGAGAUCCAGAAGCCGCAGUGUUGUGAGCCGUAAGACGACCCGUACCAAUUCGUUGACUCGUCGUCGUUCAUCGACGAAAGCUCCUUCGUCUGCCCGUCAAUCCAGAUCUCGCUCAAGAUCUCGCUCAAGAUCUCGCUCCAAAUCCCGCUCCACGUCUUCCCGCCGUUCCCGCUCUCGCUCAGCUCGUCGUGUCUCGUUCAAGCGUGGACGUCCUGCUUCGUUUGCUAUGAAGAGUCCUGAAGAGAAGACGGCCGCAAAGAAGACGGCCGCAAAGAUAAUCCUUAGAGUAGAUUAG